UCGGAGCGGCGGAGCGGCGCGGCCAUGCUGCUGGACGCCGGCCCGCAGUUCCCGGCGCUCGGCGUGGGCACCUUCGCCCGGCACCACCACUCGGCCGCGGCCGAGAUGCAGGAGCGGGAGCUGAGCCUGGCGGCGCAGAACGGCUUCGUGGACUCGGCGCACAUGGGCGCCUUCAAGCUGAACGCCGGCGCCCACGAGCUGUCCCCGGGGCAGAGCUCGGCGUUCACCUCGCAGGCGCCCGGCUACCCCGCGGCCGCGCUGGGGCCGCACGCCGCGCACGUCGGCUCCUACUCGGGGCCGCCCUUCAACUCCACCCGGGACUUCUUGUUUCGCAGCCGCGGCUUCGGGGAGGCGGCGGCGGGCGGCGGGCAGCACGGCAUCUUCGGGCCGGCGGCCGGCGGCCUGCACCACCCGCACACGGACGCUCAGAGCCACCUCCUGUUCCCCGGCAUCCACGAGCAGCACGGCCCGCACGCCUCGCAGAACGUCCUCAACGGGCAGAUGCGGCUGGGGCUGCCCGGGGAGGUGUUCGCCCGUUCCGAGCAGUACCGCCAGGUCGCCAGCCCCAGGACUGACCCCUACGCGGCGGCGCAGCUGCACAACCAGUACGGCCCCAUGAAUAUGAACGUGGGCAUGAACGUGGCGGCCCACCACCACCACCACCCCGGUGCCUUUUUCCGCUACAUGCGGCAGCAGUGCAUCAAGCAGGAGCUGAUCUGCAAGUGGAUCGACCCCGAGCAGCUGAGCAACCCCAAAAAAAGUUGCAAUAAAACUUUCAGCACCAUGCACGAGCUGGUCACCCACGUCUCGGUGGAGCACGUCGGGGGGCCCGAGCAGAGCAACCACGUCUGCUACUGGGAGGAGUGUCCCCGCGAGGGCAAGCCCUUCAAGGCCAAGUACAAACUGGUCAACCACAUCCGCGUGCACACGGGCGAGAAGCCCUUCCCUUGCCCCUUCCCCGGCUGCGGCAAGGUCUUCGCCAGGUCGGAGAACCUCAAGAUCCACAAGCGGACGCACACAGGGGAGAAGCCCUUCCAGUGCGAGUUCGAGGGCUGCGACCGGCGCUUCGCCAACAGCAGCGACCGCAAGAAGCACAUGCACGUGCACACGUCGGACAAGCCGUACCUGUGCAAGAUGUGCGACAAGUCCUACACGCACCCCAGCUCCCUGCGGAAGCACAUGAAG